AUGUCAGGCGCUGCGGAAGAUGCAGCUUGCGACUCGCGUACCGCGUCUGUCGGCCUUGCGCCAGCCAAAGGAGCCCAACGAGUGACUGCGCAGAGUGAAGGCGCCGGGCAGCCGCCGUCUGUCAACUGGAAUAAUGUGCGGAAGGGGAAAGUGCGGACUGCCCUUAGACGGCCUGCGUCGAAGCCCGUAACCGCGUCCAACUCGUUCAACAAGGUCAAUGGGCAGUACUGGCGCAGCGGGAGUGCUUCUGAAGACGAGUCUGAGGCUGGAACCCGCGCAGAGGAGAGCAAUGCUGUGGUAAAAGAUGGAAGUGAUGGCGAUGGCGAUCGUUCCAGUGAUGAUUCAACCGAUCCUUCGGAUGUCGACGACAACGACAGUUCCAUCCUGUUAAAUAUGGACCAGCCGAGCACGGAAAACCCGCAGCUAGAACCACAGCCUGUACAUACAAACGAGGAACAGCCACCAAUGCCGCUUGACACAACCACCACUGUUGAAAUUAAAGAUGAAACUGGACAAUUGGAAGCCGAACAACCUGCUAUCAAAGAUGAAGAUAUAGACACAACUGCUCAGACGGCCUAUACGUCGAAGUACAGCGUGCCCCCUCAGACCAUUGCAGAGUUGAAUGCGGAAGAUUUCAAGAAGCAGUUAAAAUACAUACUGUAUAACAGCAGUGGCAAUCCCGAUCCUUCGACACCUGCUAGAUGUAUAGAGUGUUUCAGAGAAGGGCAUCUAUCAGACAUCUGUCCCAAUAAAAAGGGGUCUGCUGCAGAGGUUCCUUGCGACUUGUGUGGCUCCGACCGGCACAUCGAAUCCCAGUGUGAUUUAAUGUGGAAGCAACCACAUCCUACAUAUACCACUGGGAAGCUGUUCAUUUCAAUAUCAUGUGCACAGUGCGCCAGUUCUCAACAUCUUAUCGGAGACUGUCCGUCAAUGCGUGCUCCAUCACACUCUACAUCUUGGAGCCUAAAGGCGUUUGACCCUUCUAUUAUCUCCAACACGAGUCUGUCGUCUACCGGUGUACCAAAUGGGAGAACAAAUGGUGCCAUUCCCCAGUUGAAAAUCAAAGGACGUGCACAAAGGGAACCAACCCCAGAAGAGCAUGAGCUUCAUAUAAGAUCUCGUCCCCAGCCGCCUUCAGCGCCUCGCUCAAACAUUAAGUUUGCUGAGGGCCUUGGGCGUGGGCGGAACCUGAGCUCAAACCAACCUCGCUCCAACGAUAGUGGAAGUGAUCGCUACACGCCUCGAGACUCUCAACGUGAUUACCGGGAACGAGACCAGUACUUUAACCCCAAUUCUCGUCCGCGAUCCCGCUCUCCAGAGUCACGGUACGGUGGAAAUCACCGUAGACCACCCCUUCCACCAAGCCGUGGAAGAGGUCCACCACCUCCUUCUCGCAACCCUGGAAGGGACCGAGGAAAGGGCAGAGGUGGUGGUGGUGGUGGUGGUGGUGGUGGUGGCAGCCAGCGUGCUGGGAAAGAGUCCUCGAGGCCUAUACCUGGUCGAGGUAAACGGAAAGGCAAUCGAAACACUUGA